CACUAGAGAACAGCACCUGACGGCUGCAUUGGCAUUCUGCAUAAAAUGCAUUUUGUAAAUUGUAUAAUUUUGUUGAAUUUUAGUUUCAAAUAGCACGCUAAGCGUUUUUAUUUACUUUGUUUCACUUUGUCUAUAAAAAUUAGAAAACUUAAGAAUAUUUAUACAAAAAGGUAGUAGCGCCAUAUUGUGAAAAAGCACGCAACCGGCAGAUCUGGCAACAAAAGAAUUAUGAAAUUAAAACUCUUGUUCAUAAAGUUCAUAAAUAAAAGGUGACAGACAAUAAGGAAAAAAUGCGCGAAUUACCGAGAGUGACUCGUUCAUUGCGAGCUUUCACAGAUUUAGGGCGAUUAAAGAAAUGUGCACGUCAACUGCCCGAUGAAAUUUUUAAUAAAAGGCUGGAGCAGACAGAAAUUUUGAAAAAAGGACCCAGUUGGCAUAAUUUUUGUGCACGUGUACCGGAGAAUGUGAUGGCACUGCUUAGUAAAAUUUAUUUAUUAACGUCAGAAAUUUGCGAUGAUCAAACACCGGAAGUUGUCAACGAAAUAAUCAUGUUUAUUCUCCGAUUACUGAUACAUGAGAGAGUUGUCAGUCAAAAGAGUCUAAAAAUUCUUCGACAAUUACUCGGUUCUGUUACUAUGCAAUUUAUCAAUGAAAUCACGAAGGUAAUAAAUUCCCUGAGGGAAAAUUUAACCGAAGAAGAUAUAGAUUUUCUCUUGAAUUCAGAAGAGGGAAAUGUUUCUAAUGAAGAGACAAAUAUGUUUGGUAUAAAAAUUCAGUAUUACGAGGCAAAACCUUCUUGGCCGGAUACAGAAAAAUUACACGAUAUGUCGAAGCAAGUGAAGAACGAUCAUUUGGAAAAUUUUACAAUGACCCAUGAAAAUAGUUCGAUUCAAAAUAAAAAGAGUGAGUUUGACAAAUCGCGUUUUACGAAAGGAAUGAAAAAAUGCUACAACAAAUACCGAUUGGAAAUGAAUUACGAAGACUUUGUGACAAUGAUUACGAAUAAAUUGAAAACAUCUGGAACGUUACUUCAAAAUGAAUUAUUCGAUUUAUUGGGCUAUGAAAAUAUUGAUUUUAUCGAAUAUGUUAUUGAACAUCAAAAGACAAUAUUGGCUUAUUAUAUGAAUCAAAGAGGAUCACGAGUAUUCAACAAUGAUCAACCGCAAAUAACUUCGCAAAUUAUUGUACAAUCGGAGAAGGAGAAACAAUUAUUGAAGCAAGUGCGAAAAGAGGAGAAGAAAUUGCUUAAAGUCGCUAGUAAAAUGGAUGGUAGUCUUAAUGACAACGAGGAGGAUAAUUUCGAUCCCGUCGAAUUGCGAGCAAAAAAAAUUGAGGCAUUAACGGCAAUGAGAGCUCCACUAUUUCCUCCAAAGAAAAAAUAUAAAAAUUACGUUAUUCAGGAAAAAUUUCCGUUCGUCUUUGAUUCGAAGUUAUCAACAUCGAAUUGUCCAGGAUAUAUUUCAGGACGAAAAAUAAUGCUACCAGCAAAUGUGAAGAGACAAGAUUCGGAAUUAUGUGAAGAAGUUAAUAUACCAAUUCCACCAGCAGAACCUCUCGAUGUGGGAAACGAUCAAGUUUUAGUAACUUCUUUAGACGAGAUUGGUCAAAUGGCAUUUCAAGGGAUAAAAUCACUUAAUCGGAUACAAAGUAUUGUUUUUAAUGCCGCUUAUCACACGAAUGAGAAUCUAUUAAUUUGUGCGCCGACAGGAGCGGGUAAAACAAAUAUUGCCAUGCUCACAGUAGUGCAUCAAUUAAAAUUACACAUCGAAGAUGGAGUCUUGCAGAAGAAUGCUUUUAAAAUCAUUUAUAUUGCUCCAAUGAAGGCUUUGGCUGCCGAAAUGACGGCCAACUUUAAAAAGAGAUUGGAAUGUCUAGGCGUUACGGUGAGGGAAUUAACGGGCGAUAUGCAACUAACGAAAACGGAAAUAAUGCAAACUCAAAUGAUUGUGACAACGCCGGAAAAAUGGGACGUUGUCUCGAGAAAAGGCACCGGUGACAUUGCACUAACGAGUAUCGUGAAAUUAUUAAUUAUCGACGAAGUUCAUUUACUUCACGGUGAUCGUGGACCUGUUGUCGAGGCAGUUGUCGCACGAACUCUAAGACAGGUAGAGUCUUCGCAGAAUAUGAUUCGAAUCGUUGGUCUCUCGGCAACUUUGCCAAAUUACGUGGACGUUGCACGAUUUUUGAGAGUCAAUCCAUAUAAGGGAUUAUUCUAUUUUGAUUAUCGAUUUCGACCCGUUCCGUUAAGUCAAACUUUCUAUGGUGUUAAGGCCAUUAAACCAUUACAACAAUUGGAUGACAUGAACACCGUUUGUUACAAUGAAGUUGUCAAUAUGGUCAGCAAGGGUCACCAGGUCAUGGUAUUUGUGCACGCGCGAAAUGCCACAAUACGUACGGCAAAUGUGCUGAAAGAAAAGGCACUUGAAAAAGGCACUCAGCAAUUAUUUGCUCCCGAUGGAAGUCGAUCAAAAUUGAAUCAAAAAAUGUUUGGAAAAUCGCACAAUAAACAUCUCGAGGAACUUUUUACCUAUGGAUUCUCAGUUCAUCACGCUGGAAUGUUACGUAGCGACAGAAAUUUGGUAGAAAGACUUUUCUCCGAGGGAGCGAUUAAAGUUCUCGUUUGCACUUCAACAUUGGCGUGGGGAGUGAAUUUACCAGCUCAUGCGGUUAUUAUUCGUGGAACAGAGAUAUACGACUCAAAACACGGAUCGUUUGUGGAUUUAGGAAUUUUGGAUGUCUUGCAAAUUUUUGGUCGAGCUGGAAGACCACAAUUCGAUACGUCGGGCCACGCGACGAUUAUUACAUCUCAUUGUAAAUUAAGUCAUUAUCUAUCAUUGUUAACUAAUCAAUUUCCCAUCGAGAGUAGUUUCAUCAAUCAUUUGGCGGACAAUUUGAAUGCCGAGAUUUCUCUGGGAACGAUAUCAAAUGUGGAGGAAGCGGUCGAGUGGUUGAGUUAUACGUAUCUUUUCGUUCGAAUGAGACUCAAUCAUCAUGAAUAUGGAAUCGAUGAGAAAACUCUAAUGGACGAUCCAAAUUUAGAGAGAAAACGAAGGGAACUCAUUGAUUCUGCUGCCAAGGCUCUGGAUAAAGCGAGAAUGAUUCGAUACAAUACUCGUACUGGAGAUCUAAAUGCGACCGAUUUGGGACGCACAUCAAGUAAUUAUUACCUCAAGUAUUACACAGUUGAAAUGUUUAACGAACUUAGAAAACCCGUCAUGACUGAAGCUGAUGUUCUCGGAAUGAUUUCUCGCUCCCACGAAUUCGAACAAUUAAAAGUGAGAGAUGACGAGAUGGACGAAUUAGAUGAUUUGUACUCGAAUUACUGUGAAAUUGUUGCUCAAGGUGGAGUUGAAAAUAUUCACGGAAAAGUUAACGUACUACUUCAAACCUAUUUAUCGCGAGGGAGAAUUAAAUCGUUUUCAUUAAUUUCGGAUCAAGCUUACAUUACACAGAAUGCAGUACGAAUUUGCAGAGCUCUAUUCGAAAUUGAAUUGCGAACUUCAAAUGCAAUUAUGGCUGGUCGAAUACUUGGUAUUGCGAAAAUGUUGGAAUUACAACAAUGGGAUCACAUGAGUCCUUUAAGGCAAUUUUUCUGUUUACCAGUCGAGGCAAUUGAGAGAAUCGAGAAUCGAAAUCUUUCCGUUGAGAAUUUGAAGGAGAUGGACGUCAAAGAAAUUGGAAGUUUGCUGCGAAAUCAUAAAGUAGCCGAGUUAGUAAAAAAGUGUUGUAAUGAAUUUCCUGAACUCGAAGUUGAAGACAAUCUGCAGCCAAUAACGCGAAGUGUCUUGAGAAUACGUUUGAAAAUCCUACCACGAUUCCGAUGGAACGAUCGUGUCCAUGGAAAAAAUUGGGAAGCCUUUUGGCUUUGGAUAGAAGACCCCGAUAAUAAUGAAAUUCAUCAUUAUGAGUAUUUCGUUAUGCCUAGGAAAAAUGUUUACAACAAUUUAGAACAUGAAUUAGUGAUGACUAUUCCUCUCACUGAACCACUUCCGUCGCAGUAUUUAGUUAAAAUAGUGAGCGAUCGUUGGCUCGGUUGCGAAGUCAUACAUCCUCUUUCAUUUAAAAAUCUCAUUCUACCCGAAACUCAUCCGCCACACACUGAUCUUCUCGAACUACAACCACUGCCAGUGUCAGCUCUGAAAGAUUCGAGAUUGGAGAAAUUAUACAAAUUCACCCACUUUAAUCCAAUACAAACGCAAAUUUUCCACUGCCUCUAUCAUACGGAUCAAAAUGUUCUUCUCGGAGCUCCCACAGGUUCAGGAAAAACAAUCGCUGCCGAAAUUGCCAUGUUCCGAGUGUUCAAAGAAUAUCCCGAUCAAAAAAUCGUGUACAUUGCUCCGCUAAAGGCUCUAGUUCGAGAGCGAAUGAAAGACUGGAAAAUUCGAUUAGCGGAGAAAUUGGGAAAAACAGUGGUCGAAUUAACUGGUGAUGUGUCACCGGACAUUAAAGUAAUUUCUAGUGCAAGUGUUAUUGUAACGACACCGGAAAAAUGGGAUGGAAUAAGCAGAAGUUGGCAGACGAGGAAUUAUGUUCGUAAAGUUGGUUUAAUUAUCAUUGAUGAGAUUCAUCUUUUGGGCGAAGACAGAGGUCCAGUUUUGGAAGUGAUUGUCUCGCGUACGAAUUUCAUUGCAUCUCACACCACGCGAACAUUGAGAAUUAUUGGUCUUUCAACCGCUUUAGCGAAUGCUGUCGAUUUAGCCGAUUGGCUCGGCAUCAGUAAAAUGGGACUUUACAAUUUCCGACCUUCGGUGAGACCAGUGCCGCUGGACGUUCACAUUAGCGGAUUUCCAGGAAAACAUUAUUGCCCAAGAAUGGCGACAAUGAAUCGUCCGACUUUUCAGGCAAUCCGUCAGCAUGCUCCCUGCAGUCCUUCGUUGGUUUUCGUCUCGUCGAGAAGGCAGACACGAUUAACAGCUUUGGAUUUGAUUGCAUAUCUCGCGGCGGAAGAUAAUCCGAAACAAUGGCUGCAUAUGCCAGACGAGGAAAUGGACAAUAUCCUAGUGAAUGUGAAAGACGGGAAUUUGAAAUUAACCCUUGCUUUUGGAAUUGGCCUUCAUCACGCUGGUCUUCAGGAUCGUGAUCGAUCGACUGUCGAGGAAUUGUUCGUUAAUAACAAAAUACAGGUAUUAAUAACGACAGCGACUCUAGCGUGGGGAGUGAAUUUUCCGGCACAUUUGGUUGUGAUUAAAGGAACGGAGUAUUACGAUGGCAAAGCAAAGCGUUACGUUGAUAUGCCCAUUACUGAUGUUUUGCAAAUGAUGGGACGCGCUGGACGACCGCAAUUUGAUGAUUCAGGUGUUGCUGUUGUUCUCGUUCACGAUGUAAAGAAGAAUUUCUACAAGAAAUUUCUUUACGAUCCAUUUCCCGUUGAGAGUAGUUUAUUGGAAGUUUUGCCGGAUCAUGUGAAUGCUGAAAUUGUUGCGGGAACGAUAAAAAAUAAACAGGAAUUCUUGGAUUACUUAACUUGGACCUACUUCUUCCGGAGACUCAUGAAAAAUCCAAGAUAUUAUGAUUUAGAUGCUUUGGAACCGGAGAAUAUUAAUAAAUUCCUCUCGCGGCUUGUUGAGGGCACUUUGAAAGUACUUACUGACUCGCACUGCGCUGCUUAUGAUGAUGAAGAACAGAGUUUAAUUCCUCUUCCCAUGGGCAAGAUUGCUUCGUUUUAUUAUUUAUCACAUCAGACGACAUUAAGGUUCAAAGAAGAAUUGAAGGACAAUCUUUCUGUCGAACAAUAUCUUCGAAUUAUGUGCAAUGCCCAUGAAUAUGACGAAUUACCAGUGAGGCACAACGAAGAUUUACUUAACGAGGAUCUGGCAAAGUUGUGCAAAUAUCAAGUCGAUCGUCUCACUUACGAUUCUCCGAAUACAAAAACAUUUUUAUUAAUGCAAGUACAUUUUUCGAGAUUACCAGUGCCGUGCUCUGAUUAUACCACUGAUUUGAAAUCCGUUCUUGAUCAGUCAAUAAGAAUAUUACAGGCAAUGAUCGACGUGGUUGCUGAAAACGGUUGGUUAAUAGCCACUUUAAGAUUAACGCAAUUAAUGCAAAUGGUCAUUCAGGCCCGAUGGAUUGAUGAACCAGCAGUUCUAACACUACCUCACGUAAAUCGUGAACACCUCUUUCUUUUUUCUACAAUUCCAAAAUGUCUUCCAGAACUUUGUGCUAAAAUGUACGAUAAUUACAGUCAAUUGUCCAACGUUUUUCUUAAAGAAUUCGCAGAACGUGAAGUCUACGAGAUACACCAAACUAUGCGACAAAUGCCAAUAUUAUGUCUAGAAUUGACACUUACUGAGGAGGAAGAUGGAACUGAAAAGAUUAUAAAUCUCUCGUCACAGACAGAGAAGAUUAUUGAUAUUCAUGGAAAUCGGGAUUAUACAUUAACAGUUAAGAUGAGAAGGAAAAAUCAUACUUCUAAUUUAAAGGCUCAUACUCCUUGUUUUUUGCGAGGAAAAGAUGAGGGAUGGUUUUUGAUUUUGGGCGACGUUAAUCAGAGAGAUUUGUGGGCAUUGAAAAGAGUCUCGGGUGUCAAUGGACCACGACGAAAUAGUCAGUUACAAUUCACGUCUCCCUCAAAGUCAGGUCGUACAAUUUUAACACUGUACAUAAUGUCAGAUUGUUACAUUGGUUUGGAUCAGCAAUACGAUAUAAAUUUAAAUGUCAUUUCUGAAAGAUAGCAUUUUCAAAAAUCGUAGAUCAGAUCUUUAUUGCUUUAAUGUAAGUAGCAAAACAAAAAUUGUUAGAUUUUUUCUGUUAAUAUAUAUUUAUAUCAUGACUGCAUAAUUCAAUUUUACUUUACAAUAAAAUGUCAAGGUUUUAUAAAAUAUAUUUCGUUCAUUUAA